AUGCCGCCGCGCCGCCGGGGAUCGUCGGGCUACCGCGGCGUCCGCGAGCGCCCCUCCGACACCUACUACGCGGAGAUCCGGUCCGGCGACGUCCGCCUCGGCCUCGGCACGUUCGAGACCGCUCACGAGGCCGCCCGCGCGUACGACGCGGCGGCGUGGCGCCUAGAGAGGCCUCGCGCGCAGAUGAACUUCCAUGACGUCUACACGCGCGAGCAGGCGCAGGUCGUCGCCCCUCCGCCUCGUCUUAUCACAGACCAGGACUGUGAGGAGCACCGUCGGCAGCAGCGCCGCCUCCUCAUCGCCGAGGAGGACGAGCAAGCCAUGGCGGAGUGGCGCCGGCGCCACCCGGAGGACGUCGCCAACGAGCGCGCCUUCUGGGCGGAGAGGACGGCAAGGCGCCGCGCGGAGGGGGCGGCCAGGCGUCGGCGGAAGGCACUGGUCAUAUCACAGUGUGAUAUCGUUGAAGCAGGUGGGGAGUCGUUGUUUGACUCAGACGAUAAUCGUUGGGAAGACAUUUGGCUCGAUACCUCGGACAACACCAGCGAGAAUGAUGAUGAUGAGGACGACUCGGAGUAG